CAGUCGCAAACACAAGUACUUCAAACUUUGGAGCAGCAAGCACCAUGUUUCUUAAGGCACUGCUUUUCAUCGGUGUUUGCAUCGCGAGUGCCCUCCCAUCCACUGCAGCGCUGAUCAAGGGCCACGACUUGUCCUCUGUCGGUAUCAUGGAGGCUUCUCAAGGAGCCAAAUGGAUCUCCACCUCGGGCAAGACGACGACGAUCGAGUCCAUUCUCGGUGGUGGUGGCAUGGACACCGUUCGACUACGCCUUUGGACAUCGGGCGACUACAACUUAACGUAUACUUUGUCAAUGGCCAAGCGGUUCUCCAAGGCCGGAUACAAGAUCUAUCUGGACAUGCAUUUCUCCGACACGUGGGCCGAUCCUACCAAGCAAGGAACUCCUAAAGCCUGGGACAGCUCGUCGAUUACCACGCUAUCUGCAGCCGUGAAAUCAUACGUGACUUCAACGUUAAAGUCCUUUACAAGUGCUGGUGUCAAUAUCGACAUCUUGUCGUUGGGUAAUGAAGUCACGUACGGGAUGCUUUGGCCAACGGGAAGGAUCUCUAACGGUGACUACAGCAAGUUCGCUACACUCUGGAAAGCGGCUCGUCAGGGUGUGACGGCUGCAGUCGCCGCUGGCACGAAGCAGCCCAAGGUCAUGAUUCAUAUCGACAACGGCUGGAGAUACAGCUCCGUCUCGGCCUUCUUCAAGGGGUUUUUCGCGACCGGCACCGUGACUACCAGCGACGUUGACGUCUUUGGGUUUUCGUACUACCCAUUCUACAAUACGGGCGCUACCAUCUCGGCACUCACGUCAUCUUUGACGCAGAUCGCCAACACGUACAAGAAGCCAAUUUAUAUUGCGGAGACGGACUGGCCGACGCAAUGUACGAAGGUCACGCUGAGUGCUUCCUACCCCGUGAAUGCACUGGGUCAACGUCAGUGGGUGGCUGCGGUCAUGAGUGUGCUCAAUGGUCUGCCAAACGGAUUGGGAGCUGGCAUUUUCUACUGGGAACCCGCGUACCUGACGGUUGCAGGACUUGGCAGUUCCUGUGAGUCUGCACUGCUUUUCAGUGCCAACUGGGCCAAUUGGCCGACGACGUACGCCACGGCGCUCUCGUCCGUCUACAUGUUUGCGUAAGGGUUCUCGGCAGACUCAACUGGGUCCCAGUCUGGGUCCCUCCUCGAAGCCGACCAGACCACGGGAAACGUGUCGAACCACCUUGUGGGCGGGCACAAGUAGUUGUGCCGCACAACUACUACAUGUAGUCUACUACUAGUAGUAGUUUCGAUUGUCUUUGUCAAUAUUCCCUUUGCUCA